AUGGCCCCUACAGAGGACUUCCCUGGUUCCUUAAGUACUGAAGCGGAGGCGGAUGUGUCGACGUCACCAAGGCUGGGAAACGGCUCUCUAGCGUCGCACACUAUCGCGCAGCCCGGGAGAAGCUCUGACGACACUGAACUGGCAGUGUAUACUAUUCCUGUAGCCGCUACACCAGGUCCUGGCGGUGGCAGCUACGAGGGCCUCUUUGAAGACCCGCAGGGCGGGUACCGGCUCGACGCUGCGUCGCCGUCGCUCAGAGCACGCGCGCGCUUAAGUCGCACAGAAGGCGUUGCGUACGACUGGUACCCAGACCAGCCUGACCGGGAGUCUAUAGGCUAUGAAGCGACGUACCAGAGCGGACCUGCGGAAACCGUGCAAUCCUCGGGAAGGCCCUACUCGCGGACCGUGGUUAUUCCAUGGUAUCGGCGUUUUAUGAGAUGGCUUCUCCAUAAUCUCAAUUACCGCUACAUCUUUGUUGCCUACGUGGUGUUGAUUCCAAUUAUCGCGGCAGGUGUUGGAGCAGCUAUUCUCCAUGGGCAAAUCGCCUUCAUCGACACGUACUACAUGGUCGUCUCAGCCUUCACGGAAACGGGUCUCAAUUCCGUGAAUAUGUCGGCCAUGAAUAAUGGGUUUCUUGCACUGCUAUUCAUCAUGAUCAUCAUCGGGAGCCAAAUUUUCACCGUUUUUCUGCCGCCACUCAUCAAGCGGCGGCUCUACUGGCACUGGUAUGGUGCGCUCAUCCGCCGAGAGCGCCAUCUUCGGUCGGAGCUGUCGCGCCACGCUGCACAAGGCGAGGACGAUCUCGGUGCAGACGAUGAAGAGAGCAUCUAUGGCUUGGAUGAGAGCAUUCAUGAUCGACCGGUAAGUAUUUACGCCAGCCUCUCACAGCUGCAUGUGCCGGAGCCGCCAAAGCCCGUACAGAAGGCGAACACGUAUGGCGAUCCCGAACGUUCGUUAUCCUCAGGUCAGGUGAACGUGUAUGGUGCAAAACAUUCGGGCAAUGGAGCCGCUUCGCCGGACAUGGUCACAAACCGUUUUCGUGAUGGCAGCAGGUUUCUCGCACGAGAGUCAACGAUUCACUCCUUAGAGCGAGAAGCUCGCGCCAACUCAAUCGGACGCUCGAUGUCUCGAGAAUUGGCAGGGAGAAGUGUUGUCUACCAGCGGCGAAGCAUAUGCCUAGAAGGGAACGAAUUUGCGCGCAACGCGGUUUUGGAGUUUGAAGCCAUGGGCAAACUCAUUCUGUUGAACGCCAUCUUCUACGUCGGCUUACUAGCGAUUUUCUUACCGCUGGUCUUUGCAGCUGUGGUGACCCCGCCGGGUCCCUCUCCAGCGAUUGCCCAGAGCGGCGCCACAACGGGUUGGUUUUCAGUGUUCACAAGUGUUUCAGCGCUGCAUAACUGUGGUCUCACGCUGCUUAACGCGAGCUUAGCGCCACUUGCCAACCAGCCAGGAGCAUUGUUCUUGUUGGGUGUGCUGAUCAUCAUAGGCAACACUGGCCUACCCGUAGCGCUCUACCUGCUGGUCUUGCUCGGGCGUCGUCUGGCACGCGACAAGGCGCCCUGGGAGUACUUGCUGCUUCACGGUCGUAAGUUUUCCAUUUUUCUCUUUAAUGGCGCCCAAACAUUUGUGCUCGGUAUCAUCCUCGUGAUUCUGUUACUUGUUCAAUUCAUUGCAUUUUUAGCGCUGAAUCUGGAUCGAACCGAGCUCCUAGCCUCCUACUCGGCAGGGAGUUUGGUUUAUCUUGGAGCCUUCCAGAGCGUUUGCACCAGAAACGCUGGCUUUCAAGUCGUCAGCUUUCGCGCGAUUUCGCCUGCGCUGCUCGUUCUGUAUGCAGUUCUGAUGUAUUUGUCGCCGGUUCCGUAUGUGUUGACGCUGCGCACCUCUAUGCCUUCGACAGCCUCGCAGAGGAAGCGUGUCGAACCUGCUCAACUCAACGAUGCGGCGUACGCUUCGCUGAGUUCCAAGUCUGCAGCAGCGAAUGCGGCCGCUGGGGCCGCUCCCGUGCUCCGUGAACUGGGGAAAACCUUCGAGAAUUUGCUUGUCUUCGACAUUGCUUGGCUUUUCCUAGCGCUUUUUGUCGUCUGCAUUGCAGAGAAUUACUUGCUUCGCAACUCAAUACGCGAGGUUCAAACGCUCGGCACAGUCACGGUUUUCGACAUUCUUUUUGAAAUCGCUAGCGCCUACGGCAACGUUGGCUACUCUAUAGGGGUCAAUAACGCAGACUAUAGCUUGUCGGGGAAGUUUUCCGUAUUUUCGAAACUCGUGAUCAUCGCGACCAUGUACGGUGGGAGGAUUCGAUCGAUUCCGCAGAGCAGCGACGAGGCAGCGCGGUUCCGCUUCGAUCGAAAUAUGAUGGAUAUCACGCAGUCGUCCUUAUUGCGUCCGACGUUACAUCUGCAGGCGCUGGAACGUCGUCGUUCGCGCUCCAUUCAGACCGAUCGCUCCGCGUUCAGGAGGUAG